AUGAUGUCUUUCAAAGUUCUCUCUCUGCUCCUCGCUUCUCUGGGCUUUGUUUUGAUGGAAGAAAACGUCUCAGGCGUAAGUAUAAGGACUCCCAGUGCCAGACCAGUGCAAAGACGCUACUCUGAGGCCACCCUGGCAAGCGAUUACAGCCGCACGAUGGAUAACAUGCUGAAGAAGAACUUUGUGGAAUGGUUGCUAGCCAGACGGGAGAAGAAAAGCGACAACAUCAUUGAGCCGUACAAGAGGGAAGCUGAGCCCCAAGUAUCGGCUGCGAAUGGCCAAAGAUUGGACCUGGGCACCCAGGAAGCCAAAGACUUCUUCACCUGGCUUCUAAAAGCCAAGAAAAAGCAGAGUUUUACUUCUCUGGAAAGUUCAGAAGGUUUGAAGGAUGUUUUGAACCCGGAGUUUCUGACAUGGCUGAUGUCGACUGAUCUCUGCAGACCAACGACUAUGUAACUCCAGGACCCUCCCAAGGAGCUCUCUCUUCAUCCUACCAAGACAUGUGAGAAGGAGGAAGACGUCUUAUUUUCUCUCUGUUCUGUGCAUAUUGUCUAUUUUGCUAACGCAAGCAAUAAACAGUUUACUCUGAAGCUGAAAUAAGAUUCAGAUAAUACCCGAUUUGGGGAUGGGCUAUAAAACGCUACUAAAUUGCUAAAAAAUAAGUGUCCUUCCAAACAAGGCUCAUAAGGGUCACAACACACCUUGCGAGUGUCAGUGAAUCCGCCUACAGCUGACUGAACCAUACCACGGGCCGAUCCCCGUUAGCAGGUUUUUGGGGGGUUUAGGACCUGCCGCUGGGCCGUGACUUCAAAACCGACGUUGUUGGCGUCGCCGUCGGCGGGUGGUGAAGUUCAGCCUGGGCUGCAGGAGAACGGACCCUGGCUGGGGGCUGGCCCUGCUGAAACCUGCCUGGGAGCCAGCCUGCCCUUCCAAAGGAGUCCUCAGGACUUGCCCCCCCCCCGCUGGCACCCCUACCCCACACCCCCAAAACCGGGGUUCCCCUGCACCCCA